GGGGGGCGCCGGGCGAUGGACGCCGGCACGGAGCGGGGAGAGGGCGAGCUCGGGGCUGGAGCGGCCCGGGCCGGCCGCGGCGAUGAGGGGCAUCCCGGGCUGGAGGAGGCUGCGGCUCUCAGGCUGGCGCCGGUGCACCCUCGCGUUCCUCCUCGCCUGGGCCGCCGGCUGGGUGGUGCUGAGCGCUCUGCUCUUUCUCCUCCACGGGAGCGUCUUCUCCGAGCGCUGCACGGACGAGGACGGACGCCGCAUCCUGGCCAGGCUGUGCCUUGACUACAGCAGUGGAGCCUUGACCGGUGACCUCUGUGAAGACCUCUGUGUGGCGCAGAAGCUGGUGUACAAACACUGCCUUUACUAUGACAGAGGUAAGAAGGUCAUCCAGGCUGACUGGAGAGGCCAGCCCAUCAUCCUGAAAUCCAAAAAGGAAAUCUUCUCCAGCUACCAGCAUCUCAGUAUGCUGGAUGAGGCGGAAACACAGGACAUUCCUGAAACAGAGAUUCUGCUGAUGAUAGCCUUGGAGGUCAAAAAUGUUCUGGGGCUGGAACUAUCUAACAAUAGCACGGGGCCCCUGUGGACAAGGAGGAAGGGACCUCAUUGGAAAGCGCAGGUGGCCAGCAUGUGGUCCUUGCUCCAGCAGGAGGAAUACAUUUUCUUUAGUUUGCUGCAGGACUUCAGCAAACAUGUGCUACGAAUUAUUGGCUCUUGUGGACAUUUCUAUGCCGUGGAGUAUCUUACAGCUGGACAUGCCUGGCACAAAACUCUUUUUCCCUUGGAAAACAUAGUAGGUCCCUCCCUCGCUGGCCGCAGAAGCAGAGUGAGAGCCAUCAUUGACAUUGCACUCAGCUUUCUGGACAUGGUACAACAUUUUGAUAAUGAUUUCUCUCAUCGCCUUCACCUGUGUGACAUCAAGCCAGAAAACUUUGCUAUCAGGCAUGAUCUUACGGUGGUGGCCAUCGAUGUGGAUAUGGCUUUUUUCGAACCCAAAAUGAGGGACAUCCUUGAGCAGAACUGCACAGGAGAUGAAGAUUGUAAUUUUUUUGAUUGCUUUUCAAAAUGCAAUCUGAAAAUCAGAAGAUGUGGAGCACAGAGAGCCAAUAACAACUUGCAAGUCAUUUGUGACAAAAUAUUCCGCCGCUGGUUUUCUCCAAGCCUCAGAGGAUCAUUAGUUUCCUUCCCUCUGCAGCCGCAGUUGCAGAAAGCUGUGCAGGAGUGUGCAGAGCUGGGACAUGUGGAUGCUACCAUGCACCAGAGAACUCUGAAAUCUCUUAUUGAAUUAAACCACCUGCUUCGGGUCAGCCAACAAGAACUGCAAAGGGCAGAGUAGACAGAAGGCAGAACUGCAAAGGCCACAUCACAACCACUGCUUUCUGUCUGCCCUCCAUGCCUUCUACCCACCGUAUUACAUUCAUAGCACAUAUUUUUCCAGCUAUGCAAAUGAAAUUCAUGACUGCAGGUGCAGCAUGUCCUGUUAAUAUCUCUUGAAAUACAAAAUUGUUUUACAUUA